GAGACUGCAGGCUGCGACACAAGAACAGGAAGGAGAGAAAGCAGAAGAAAGAAAGAAAGAAAGUCAGAACAUUUAGACUGAGGAUUUUUCCAGAGAGUCUCCAGAGAUGAACGUCCUGGUUCUGGUCCUGGGUCUGGCCCUGGUUCUGACCGUGUGCGUGGCCCGGUCUCCCUACCAGGCGGUCCUGCAGCACAGCAGGAUCCGAGGCCGGCAGCAGGGACCCAACGUCUGUGCCAUGCAGCAGCUCAAAGGCACCGAUAAGAAAUAUUUCACCAACUGCAAACAGUGGUACCAUCGCAAGAUCUGCGGGAAACCCACGGUGAUCACCUACGAGUGUUGUCCUGGUUAUGAGAAGAUUCCCGGGGAGAGGGGCUGCCCUGCAGCGCUGCCUCUGGUGAACAUCUACAACACGCUGGGCGUGGUCGGAGCCUCCACCACCCAGAUGUACUCUGAGCGCGCCCAGCUGAGGGACGAGAUCGAAGGACCGGGAAGCUUCACCUUCUUCGCCCCGAGCAACGAGGCCUGGGCCGCCCUGCCAACAGAGAUCCUGGAUGCUCUGGUGAGCAACGUGAACAUCGAGCUCUUGAACGCUCUUCACUACCACAUGGUGGACCGGAGGCUGACCUCCGAGGAGCUGAGACAUGGAUCCUCCUUCGCCUCCAUGUACCAGGACUUCCACGUGCACAUCCACCACUACUCCAACGGGAUUGUGACGGUGAACUGCGCUCGUCUGAUCAAACCCGACCAACACGCCACUAACGGCAUCGUGCACGUUGUCGACCGCGUCAUCACCGCCAUCUCCAACAACGUGCACACGCUGCUCGAUGUCGACGACGACCUGGAGACGCUGCGAACGGCAAUGGCGGCCGCCGGGCUGACCACCAUGUUGGAGGAGGAGGGUCAGUACACUAUCUUCGCUCCGACCAACGAGGCGUUCGACAAGAUUCCUCCAGAGACCCUGAAGAGGAUCCUGGGAGACCCCAUAGCUCUCAGAGACCUGCUGAACUACCACAUCCUGAAGCACAUGCAGUGUGCCGAGUCCAUCGUGGCGGGCACGCCCAUGGAGACGCUGCAGGGCACCACGCUGGAGGUCGGCUGUGACGGAGGAGACAUGACGCUGAACGGGAAGGCCAUCGUUACCAAGAAGGACCAGCUGGGAACCAACGGAGUCGUCCACUACAUCAACGAGCUGCUCAUCCCAGACUCAGCCAAAGUUCUGCUGGAGCUGGCUGAAGGUCCAUCUGUUGCCACGGCGACCAAGCUGUUUGUGGAGGCGGGUCUGUCGCCUCACCUGACGGGCUCCGAGGCGCUGACCAUGCUGGCGCCUCUGGAGGACGCCUUCAGAGGAAGUGACACGACGAUGACCCCUGACCUGAGGAAGCUGAUGACCAAUCACAUCCUGAAGCAGCGUCUGUCCUCCAAGUCUCUGUACCACGGCCAGCAGCUGGAGACUCUGGGAGGCCUCAAACUCCGAGUCUUCGUCUACAGAAAUAACCUGUGCAUCGAGAACGCCUGCAUCGCGGCCCACGAUAAGACGGGACGCUUCGCCACCAUGUUCACCGUGGACAAAGUCCUCACCCCCCCGAUGGGCACCGUCAUGGACGUCCUGAAGGCAGACAACCGCUUCAGCCUGCUGGUGGGAGCCGUGCAGACUGCAGGGAUGACUGAGCUGUUGAACCAGCAGGGGGCGCUGACCUUCUUCGCUCCGACCAACGACGCCUUCAACGCUCUGCUGCCAGCCGAGCGCAACAGGCUGAUGAGAAGCCGUAGCGAGCUGUCCACCAUGCUGCGGUACCACCUAGGAGACGAGCUCUUGGUCAGCGGUGCUGUGGAUUCUCACACCAGAGUCAAGCCCCUGCAGGGAGAGAAGCUGGAGCUGGGCGUGAGGAACCAGACGGUGUACGUGAACAGAGUCCCGGUGGCCGACGCCGACUUGAUGGCGACUAACGGAGUCGUGCACGCCGUCAACAGCAUCAUCAAACCUCUGCCUCCGAAGGUGGAGAGAGAGCAAGCGGACGGACCAGCAGCUCCUCUCAGAUCAGCUGCUUCCUCCAGGGCGGACUCUAAGAGCUUCAGGGACGACGAUCUGUUCCAGAAAGUGGUCCGCAGCCGCUCCAGCAAGACCAUGUCGCAGUAAAACUCUGCCGAAUGUCCGAGUAACCCCAGGGAAACGGGAACAAAUAAGAGCCGUUAAUAAUUACACA